AGAGAAGCUUUGCUUCUCAGGUUUUUAAAGGGGUUCUGAGAACCCCUCCUUGGGAGAAACUGAUGCAGUCCCAUGGUCAACAGGUAAGAAAGUCUAUAGAAAUGUAAAUGGUAGUAAGGGAUGAGACUUGGUGAGGGUUAGACUAAGCUUAACCCAUUCUAUACCCAUGACGUGCGUGUGUUUGGAGGAGGGUUUUGUAAAGCUUAAGUUUUACUUUAGAAGGUCUGAGACUGCUGGUUUGAUGGUUGUUUUCUUUGAAGGCUCCUCCAUUUCUCUGAACUGCAUGGGUUUAGUUUGGGAAGGGCAUGGUUUGGGUCCCAGUGUGUGUAUUUUCCUAACAAAUGUAACGGUUUAAUUCCUUAGGCUGUUAGAAGCUGGAUCAAGAUGUCAGCUCCUGCUUUUACCCACAGUCAAUGACUUGUUUCCUCCAUGCCUCACUUCAGGCGCAGUGCAAUGUGUGCUUUUCAUUAAUGCUUUCUGUUCAUUCAAAGAGCCUUUUUAUUCUUUCAGAUCUGUUUUUAUGGAGCAGGCUGCAAGUCUGGCUUUACACCUUUACCAUUUCUGCUACAUCCAUAGCUCUCAAGUCUGCGUACAUGUUUUAGCCUCUUUGUUGAAUGCAAGUGUUGAUUGUCAGUUGUGUUAGUCAUAAGCUGUUGACUCCUCACUGCACUGUGAAAACCAUUAGGAAAAGGUCCUUGGGGUUAAAACCUGGGGCUCUACAGUGUUACCUGCACUGGGGGCUAGAAAUUUAUUUAAAUGGCGACUGAUCUGUCUGAAGCUGAACCCGUGCAUCAUAAGGCGCUUCCACUCUUAACGGGAGCUCAGCUCAUCCACACGGACAAGUUAAGUGAGAAGGCUGAAGACGACACAAUGCCCAUCCGCCGCUCCGUGAAUUCUUCUCCCCGAGAAACCCCUCCCAAAAGCAAACCUGCUGAAGGUGAAGAGGUCAAAGCAGAUGCAGAAGUCACCUCUGAGGAAUCUGCCUCUGCUGGGGAAGAACAAGAGACUGAAACCCUGCCUGCUGCAUCCAGUGAAGCAGAACAGCCAAAGGAACCUGAGACUGAAGGGAAGGGGGAAACCAAGCCCUCAGAAGAAACCAAAAAGGAUGAGAAGGAUCAGUCAAAGGAGAAGGAGAAGAAGGUGAAGAAGACCAUUCCUGCCUGGGCUACUCUUUCUGCUAGCCAGCUAGCUAGAGCACAGAAACAGACUCAGAUGGCUGCCACCUCACGUCCCAAAAUGGAUGCUAUUUUAACUGAGGCCAUCAGGGCAUGCUUUCAAAAGAGUGGUGCAUCCGUUGUUGCAAUACGCAAAUACAUCAUCCAUAAAUACCCUUCCCUGGAGCUGGAGAGGAGAGGCUAUCUGCUAAAGCAAGCCUUGAAAAGGGAGCUGGAGAGAGGAAUCAUUAGACAGGUAAAAGGAAAGGGAGCUUCUGGCAGCUUUGUGGUGGUGGCUAGUGCAGGAAAAUCUGUUCCAAAAUCCAGAGACAGAAAGAAAAGCACUUCUACUUCGGCUGCAGAGCAACAAGUGAAGCUGGAAGAUAUCCUGCCACUGGCUUUCACCCGCCUUUGUGAGCCGAAGGAAGCUUCUUACAGCCUCAUCAAGAAAUACGUGUCUCAGUAUUACCCCAAACUCAAAGUAGAUAUAAGACCCCAGCUGUUGAAGAAUGCCCUCCAGAGAGCUGUAGAGAAGGGCCAGUUAGAGCAGAUCACAGGGAAGGGAGCGUCUGGGACAUUCCAGCUGAAGAAAUCAGGGGAGAAGCCCCUGCUGGGUGGGACUCUGAUGGAAGACGCCAUCCUGUCUGCUAUUGCGGCCAUGAACGAACCGAAGACCUGCUCCACCACAGCCCUCAAGAAGUAUAUCCUGGAAAACCACCCAGGGACCAACUCCAACCUCCAGGUGCAUCUACUGAAGAGAACCCUGCAGAAAUGUGAGAAGAAUGGCUGGAUGGAGCAAAUCUCUGGAAAGGGCUUCAGUGGAACCUUUCAGCUUUGCUUCCCUUAUUAUCCUAGCCCAGAUGUGCUCUACCCAGAGAAGCAACAGGAUGAGGACUCUGAGGAAUCUGAUGAGGAAGAAGAGGAGGAAUCUGAGGAAGAAGACUCUGAAGAGGAAGAGUCUGAGGAGGAAGAGCCGCCACCAAAGAAGAGGAUGCAGAAGAGGCCACCCCCAAAAUCACGGAGCAGGGCCCCUCCGAUGAAGCGAAGAGAGUCCAAACCCAAACCAAGGAAAACCCCCGCCGCCAGCCGGGGCAAAGCAAAGCCCCCCCCCAAGGUUAAAACCCCUGCUAAGAAAGCCAAACCAGCAGCCUCAGCCAUCAAGAAACCCUCUGGUGGCAGCUCCUCUAAGAAACCAGCAGCCAGUGGGAGGAAGGAGGUGAAACCCUCUGCCAAGGGCAAAUCCACCAUGAGGAAAUCUCUCCGGGCAAAAAAGUAAAACCUUUGGAGUGUCAGGGAAUGCCAUGGUCGAAUCCACAGUCUUGUUUUCUAAGUCGAACAUGCGUUUGUAUUUUAGUUCUGAUGCUUCAACACUUCUUUUAAUGGGGUUUUAUUAUUUUUGUUUUCUUGAAUGAUGGGGGGGGAAAAAAGCUGCAACUUAAAUCAAAGCUACCCGAGGAGUUGUUAGAGCUCAGUGCCGGGCCUCGUGCCUGCCCCUCCCCUGGAACAAGUCAUCUGUCGUUUCUGCAAUAAUGGUAGGACUUCUUCUAGGGCAUAUACAACCUGUACAUCUUCUGGUGUUCCUCUGGGUUGGGCGCUGGGGAGGGAGGGGGGAGGGUUGGCUUUUAAAUGUUCUUCAAAGAAGAUCUUUAUAUCUUUAGCCAGCAGGACCAGGAUGACUGGGGGAAUGUGAUUCUUAAAGAGAAGGUACAAGGGCAAGAGAGUCCUCCCUAGAUCCCCUGCAUUACGAGGUCCUUAUCGCUUCUGUGAAGAAGCAGUGUAUAUACAGCACUUGCACUGAGUCCUGGAGGUGCUGCUUUCUGCUCGGCUGGUAGGGGGGCAGGCUGAGGAGGGGGCACGAUUGGCUCCUCCAGACCAGCAGGGUUUGUUUGAUGGUGAGUCAGAGCUUCAGUAAUCACCUCCUGCAGCAUCCACUGAUGCCAGAGGGGCUCCAGAAGGGGUAGUUCUCAGUUAGGCGGGUGAUUUGAAUUAGUGUUUCCACGUCACAUCUGUUACCUUCAAACCAAAACACGUAAAAGUCUUCUUGAAAUCCAACUUUCCGAUGUUUUUAAGAGAUGAAGAGCCUGAGUUUGGUCACCUCUUGUUUACCCUUUUUUAAAGAACAGUGGGAGAGCUAUACAAUUGCUAAUGUAGAGAUGUUGAUAACUGAAGAACAUGCGGUUUGCUAAAAUAAAAUGAAACUAGAUUCCA